AUGCUCGUCGUCAAGGAGAAUCGUGCCGUCUCACUCCAGGACCUCACCGCGGCCAUUGCGUGCUUCCCGCACCUCACGCACGUGCAUCUGAGCGACAACAGCGUGGAGAGCAUCAACGACGCCUUCCUCGCUCACCUCGCUUCUUCGUGCCCUAAGCUCGUGUCGCUGCACGUGGGCAAGGAGAUUACGAAAAUCUGGGACUGGGAAAGGGAGCACGAGCAUCCGGUGACCGAGGCUGGGUUGGACCAUUUUCUGCGCCGCUGCACUCAGCUGCAGCACCUGUCGCUCUACUGUCUGCAUCGAUUUGGAAAGCUGCCUGCGUCCCUCUCGUACCUCAUGGACCUGCACACUCUGGCUGUGACCCACGGCGCAGCACUUGAAGCGCCGGGAUUCACGCACCUAUCGUCUCUCGCCACGCUCUCCGUGGACAUGUCGGACCAGGAGGAGCUGGAUCUCUCCAGCCUCGAGCACCUGCCAGCGUUCGCCAAACUCUCUCUGUGCGGUGAAACGGAGCUCGUUCUCGAAGGCGAGGACGCGUAUCCCGUCUCGUUCGCCCACAUACCUUUCCUUGAGUCGCUGGAAUUCAACUACAGCACUCCACGGUUCGACCUGCUGUUUCCGCCAGGAGUUUCGUGCAGCCGUCUCGAGCGGCUGCUUCUCAGCUGCUCCGACAAGCUCGAGCGCCUCCCUGACGACAUCGGAAAGCGGCUGCCACGCCUUCGGGAGUUGAGCAUCUGCGCCUCCCCUGAUCUAUCCGAGCUGCCUCAUCACUUCUCUUCCCUCAGCUGCCUCCUGAAGCUGACAAUCUCCGAGGUCAACGUGGUCAGCCUACCUAAAAGCUUUGGAAGGCUGCCCGUUUUGAGAGAGUUGUCGAUGCAGCAAGUGCUCAUCUCAGGUCUGCCGGACUCUUUCUCUCAGCUCUCAACGCUGGAGGUCUUGAAUCUGGUUGACUGCCGUUCAAUGGCGGCGUUGCCUGCAAGCUUGGGCAGCGUCCAGCGGCUCACCCCUCUCAUAGAGCUUCCUGCACUGCCUAGGCUCAGGCAUAUGAGCUUGACUGGUGUUGCCCUGGUGCGUGGGUUGGUGGCUACCGUGAGUUUGACCUCCCUUGAGCACUUGGAGCUGGCUCUGGCAGGCGAGGCAGAGGAGCUCCCACUCUCCCUGGCGUUCUGCCCUAACCUCCGCACGCUGACCAUUCGAAGUGCUGCACGCAUGAAGGCACUUCCGGAUGAUUUUGGAUCGGCCUUGCAGCAGCUGAGGCAGCUGCGCGUAGAGCAGGCUGCGGAACUGAGAGGGCUGCCAGACACUCUCACCCAGCUGCACUGGCUGACCUCCCUGGAAGUGCACGCACCCAAGCUGGCUUCGCUUCCAGAUGGCAUUGGCGCCUUGUCCCGGCUGCGCCAGCUGAAUCUGGCCCACUGCGCAUCGCUCACACGCCUCCCUUCCUCCCUCACCCGCCUCUCCUGCCUCCACAAGCUUAGCCUUGGCUACACCCCCGUGCGCUCUCUGCCCUGCCACUUCGCCCAUAUGAGCCGCCUCAAGGCUCUUGACCUGGAAUCCUGCAAGCACCUCGAGUCGCUGCCUGACGUUCACCCAGCUGCAGAUGCUGCAUAG